CACUACCUUUUAAUUCUAUCUUUCAAGUUUUUGAUUGAUUAGAUUUUCAAUCCUUUCUAGGAAAAUGGCAAAGCCCCACCUCAACUAGCAGAUUGGUACUACUGGCCCAACUAUUUGGCUUUCAUUUUUUUGUUUUCCUGUUCAUUUUCGUUGUCCAUAUAAUUGUGCUCCGUCAGUUAUUUUUAACCUCAACUUUUGUGUGGGCGUUUGGCUAUCCAUCUUUGGUAAAUUAUGUCCCAUUUUCACUUUCAUACAUCCAGUAACAUGGUUGAAAUUCUAUGCUUAGUAAGGAAAAUCUUGGAGUUUCUGGCGCGCUAAAUCUGGCCACUUGUUCUGAAAGUUGACAUGCAUUGGCGCAUGACUUAUAAGUUAAAUUCUAAAUAAUUCUCCUUACAAAUAUUUUCUUCCUUUGGUUUCAAAUCCAUUCAUUGAAUUCAAACACCAAACUCCUUACCUAACACUGUUUCAAUAUUUAGGUUUACAUGUCUUGUUCAGUUUGACAACGAUAGAAACCAAAUAAAUUUACUUAAAUUAGAAAAAAUAUUAAAUACGUAAAAAAAAGUAGAAGUUUCCAACAAUUGGCGAAUUAUUUUGUACACAUGGUGUGGUGAUGUAGUCAUAAAGAUAAUUAAUUUGAUUGAUAAGUUUAACUAACACACAUGGCUAUUAUUUACUACCCUUGUAUUAUCUGACUGUAAAGUAACUUGCGGGAGAUAGUCUGCAGACUCAUUUUGAUUGACCGAUCUACAACAGCUAAUAAGGCAAGAAAUUCCGUCAGCUCUGCAGCUAUAUUGCUCCAUGAAAACAUGACUCACCAAGGCCAAUCAUCUUCCUUCGCAAACAGAAAUCUCGACACAAUCCUCCUUAAUGUCAACGAUCGGUUCCCGCGUCAUUUUUUGACUCGAUAUUCCCAGGUGCAGUUGAACCUGGAAGCAUAACUUCCCCACCCAGUUUUAAGAGGGAAAUCCAGGAGUUUCUGGCUAAGAACGCAGGAUUGCAUGAGGUUCCUUUGGUCCAUAUAGCGUACAGGUUGCAAGAUUUAGCGAUUUGGAGGAAUUCGGAUUACUUGGUACAUUAACCUUUUGCUCACUCCACAUUGGAAAAUGGAAAGGGGCAUCAGUAGUCAUUAAAAAGCUUAAAGAUAGCUGCUUCCAAGGAUAUUCCCGGGAACAAGAGGAUAAUUUGAUAGAGAUAUUUUGGCGUGAAGCAGUUAUUAUGUCAAAGACUGAGCAUCCAAAUGUGGUGAAGUUUUAUGCGGUUGUCCCUGAUGGUCCACAGCCAAAACUUACUGUCCUCUGUGAGUAUAUGCAACAUGGAUGUCUAAGGAAAUAUCUUGCAGAGAAUCCAGGGAAACUUGACAAAAGUGACAAGGUGAGGAUAGCGAUGCAUGCAGCGCGUGGGCUAGCAUACUUGCAUGCCCAAAAUAUCAUACACUUUGAUGUCAAGUGUAACAACUUGUUGCUCUAUGAUAACAAUCCCUGCAAGAUUGGUGACUUGGGCAUGUUUAAUACAAAUAUAAGGAGAACUCCGGAAGAUCUCGAUUUGGCUGACUGGAAACAGUCGUUUCCUUGGAUUGCACCUGAGCGGUUGGAUGACAGCGGGAGUAGAGCUUCAGGGAGGGCUGCUGAUAUAUUUUCAUUUGGGAUCGUACUAUGGGAGAUUUGGACGGAACAAGUACCCUAUGCAAACAUGGAUAUUUCCCUGGAGAAAUUUCUUGAUGAUCUUAAAAAUAAAGAGCUGAGGCCGGCGAUUCCGGAGUGCUGUGAUAGCUAAUGGGGAACACUCAUGAAGGACUGUUGGGCAGAAAACCCUAUGGUUCGACCAUCCUUUGCAGACAUAGUUAAGCGUUUAGAGGUUAUGUGAAGAGCGCAAAUUAGUGUUUGCCGUUGAUUUUAGUAUGUAUUAAUUUGUGUUCGGAUUUGUCGUUUUAGUAUUUGGGUGUUGACCGGUAGUCAACUUGGUCAGUUAAGUAUUCAGGUCAAACUUAGUAAUAACCGUUUUAUUAAAAACAACUCCUAUGGUUGAUGUUAAUUUAGAUUGGUGGCUGAGAAUAAACCAAAAUAAGUAUGUUACAACUAGUUGUGCGGGCGGCUGAAUCUAAUGAAAAACAUUACACAACUAAUUUUGUGCAUAAAGGCACCAGUUUUGAGCUGUUUCUUCACCUGAGAGUUCGACAACCUACCCAAAUUUCACGACACAUUGACCGUUUAAAAAUUAAAACCUUAUACAAGAAGGAAAACUAAAAAAAAUCGGAGAUUCCCUGAUCAGUGAAGUAAUCCUACUUCUUGUCAAAUUAGAAUUAAUUUUCAAGUCGGAAAGUAGGCAAUAUAUAAGCAGCAGUGUCAUCCUAUUUCUUGUACAUCUAACUACAAGAAAACAAAGAUCAUCAGAAAGAGAGUAGUUUGAGAAUAGUUUUUGUACGUAGUAAGAGAAAAAAACAGCGCAAAGAUGGGAGACAAAAAUCCUAAAGACUACAAGGGUAAGAGUGUUAUUGUACACGAAGACGAACCAGAUGUCAUCAAUCAAGAACCCAUUCAACAUCCUCCUCGGAUUCAGCACCCAAAUCUUCCACCCGGUUUCAAGCUUCAGCCAAGCGAUGAUGAGUUGGUGUCUUAUUACAUAAAGAACAAGAUUAGAGAUCCUACUCGUUUUCGACCUUCUUUUAUCCCUGACACAAAUAUUUACGAUUAUCUUCCUCGAGAGCUGUUAGAAGGAAACAAAGACAUGGAUGCUUAUUUCUUUUCAGCAAGAAAUAAAAAAUAUCAAAACGGGACUAGAGCUGAUCGAAGUGUCAAAAAAGGCCAAGGACACUGGAGAAUGGGAUCCAAAACUAAAGAGAUUCCAGGAGUUAACGGAAGGACAAUUGUUGGUUAUAGGAAUAGCCUUAAGUUCUACGUGGGUAAGAAUAAAAAAGAUUGUAUUGCAACAAAUUGGCAGAUGAAAGAAUAUGUCAUGUGUGGUGACGAUAAAGAGAAAGUAGGAUGCAGCAGCAGCAGCAACAACAUGAGGCUGGAUGAUUGGGUCAUAUGCCGAGUCCACUGGCACGAGAACGGCAAACAAACUGAAUCCACUGCUGAGGUUGAUAAUGAUAGUAACGCUGGAAAUAGUAUCAACAGUACUUGUAAUAAGAAGCCGAGGAUAGAAAAAGAAAGAAAAGAUGGCGAAGGGCAAGAAGGUAUCAAAAUUGAAGGUCAAGAGAAUGUCGCAACGUCCUCAAACGUGCCUGGACCAGUUCCCCAUCGUCAGUAUGGAAAUCAGUUUAAUUAUUAUAAUCCUCGGUUUUUAGGUAACAACUUUGGGAAUUGUGUGAUGCCCUCGAAUCAACCUCAAAAUAAUUAUCAGUACCAAUUUGGUGGUUACUCGGGGAUGUUUCACCAACAGCAUCAGCAACAACCGGAUCAACAAUUUGAACAAGAGCACCAGCAAUAUGGACAAUAUCAUCAACAAUUUGAACAACAGCAGCAACAUAUACACACCAAAUAAAUCAAAAUAAGUGAAGAGUCUUCCCUGAAGUAAAUCUUAUCAUUUACAAAUCAAGAAUGCACUCGAGUCUAAUUACGUCCUGUCUUAUAAUUGAUUUAGAUUUUCUUAGUUACUUCUUUUACCUGUUUUGGAUUUUUUAAUUGAGCCAUAUGCAUUUCAAAUGCUUCUGUUUAUCUGUGUGAU